CGCUCGACGGCACCGUUCGCAAAAUGCAAAGACUAGGAAAUAGUAAGUUCUUCAAAGAAUGCACAGCUUUGAAUAAGUAUGAUGUAUACUCGUCACAGCUGCGUAAGCUGUGAGUUGCACCGUUUCUGCACGUUUCUUUCAGCCACCACCUGAACAAUCGCAUUGGGCACCUUUACACCUUUUAUCACACUGAGAAGAAUGGCGAUCAAAGUGCACAGAGGUGCCUGCUCCUGCCGCGUCCAGGCGAUUUCGGCUGUUCUGCAGGUCUUGGUCUUCUUUGCAUGUCAUCGUCUUGGAUGUGCUUUAGGCUUUACCGUCGGAUCCAGGAGCCGUUCGCCAACUUCUUCGGAUAUUGUCUGGGCGGCCCCCCCGUCCUCUAGCCAAAGUGGUGGAACGGAGGAACUGACUCAACAUCGCACGAGCGACAUCCGGCGCAGGAACACUUUCGACAGUGCCCAUCGUCAGUCUCAGUCGUUUUCGGCCCGCUUUCACGAAGUUCGCGAUCAGCGGAAACGCGAACAGAGCGCGACGGAAAAGCGCAGGACGGCGAACAGACACCUGGAAGAAAAUCUGGAGUCGCUGAUCAGUUUUCUGACGCUUGACCAAAGGCAGGACGGCAGCGGCGGGAACCAGCCUGCCGCUGACAGUAGCAGUGGAGGAAGCGGACAGUUUAUUGCAGACGGAGUCGAAUCCGGAGUUGCCUCGCAACUGCAUGCAUCUGCGUCAGGAGACCCAUCUUCAUCGUCAUCGAUGCCACCAUCCUCGAGCACUGGUGUCGUCGUUUAUGUACCCCCGUCAUCUAAAGUUCCGCCUGACACGCGCUGCCGCCCUGGCGAGAUCGCGACGACUCCAGAGGAGAUUGAACUAAUGGUUGAUGAUCGACAUCCGGAGCAACAGCAACAGCAACAGCUUGCUCAAUUACAGCAAUCGGAGGCACCGGCACGAGCCUCACAUGGUGCGGCCACUUCUGCCACAGGAUCAUUAUCGCCAAGUACCACGCCAGCACAAAGAAGCACCAGACUUAGCUCCAAGGAAGCCGUUUUGCCGUGCUUGAGAUCCCGCCUAGGGUCGCAUGGCAGUGCAUCCGUGACUAGCGGCUCUCGAUCUCCCUGUACGACGCCGGGAAACAGUUCCUCCUGCAACAGGAACCAGGUCAGGGUUGGGCCCCCUCCCGGCACGCCUGCUAGGAGAAUGACGGUUGCCGGCGUUGUGUCGGAGAGCGGCACUGGCCCCAUCUCAAACGCACAGCAAGCAGAACAGGCGGGUGCAGCUCCGGAUUACACAGCCGAUAAUUACACUGCUCAUGGUCAAAGUCAGUCACUGGCCGCGCUAUGGGCGGCGAGCAAAGCAGCUGCCGCAGGCGCAGGGCGACGGAAAACGCUGGGGAGUGCUGUUGGAGAGCCUACAGCUUCAGCAUUCAGCCGUAAAACUGGAACAGGUGCGCAGUCUAUGAUUUCUCGCUCAACAAGCCUGGGUGGUACGUCGCAAAGUAGCAACAGCCGCUCACCGAGUGCGUUCUUUGCCUAUCCGAGCACCCCGCAACAGCGGAGUAGACGGAUAGAAUCUGCUGGUUCUGAAAUAAACUCGUUUCAGCCGAGUGCAACGACAGCACCGCAAUCCAAUAGAAAUGCGGGGUCUACAGCUACAGUGCCGGCAUCCUUGAACGGGAAGUUUUACGGGCAGCCAGUGGAUAGCCGCACUGGAAUGUUGUCGCAGGAGCUGAACGAAGACGAGCAGAUCGUCGCUGAAAACUACUUGCCAGCGCAUUUGCGUCGCGAGAGCGUUACUUUUUUUGGCGACCAGAAUGAACCAACACAAAGAUUCGCGGCUAGAAGCGAUGAUUCUAGUCGACCGGUGCUUCGUGCAACUGCAUCGAACACUCCUGCCGUGACGGAGGACGAAGUUGGCCGCGAUCUGCGUGAUGCUGAUGUUGAGCAAAAAAAUGAAAAUACUCCACUUUCGCCGGGAACGCGAACUAGCGGUAUUCACGUCAACCCGGCGGAGCAGGAGCUGCACAUGUCCGCUGUGAGUGGGCCACGACCGCACCAGUUAUUGUUCUCGUCUCAGAAUAACGAUGAAACUCACGGAGGCAGCACUACAACGGUUUUGGCGGCCGCUCGGGGCGAGACAAAAAGCAAGGCUAUUGCUGGAACAACAAGGCGGGCAUCGCGAAAAUCCUCGCGACCCAUGGUCGCGCGAAGGUCGUCCGCCGUGUUGACUAGUACAAGCACAGCAUCUACUUCUACCCCGAUGUCACCCCACGUGGCAUCAUCUUCUUCUGUUCCCGACGAGUCGACACGGGCAGCAUCGGCGGCAACUGGCGGAACAAAUCCAAAUCAUGAUGCUUCGUCGACAGGGGCGAGAGUAGCUAAUGCCCGUCCUUCGCUAGAAACAGACUCGGACAAGAAAGCAAGGGACGAAGCCCGGAAGCAGCGUAUCGCGGAGAUCAUGCGCGGCCGCCGGCUGGAGCGAGCGAGGACGGGAGGCUUAAAUUUGCAGAAUGUCAGACGCAACGGCGAUGACUCCUCAGCACCCGGGCAGAUAGUAACAGCUAGGGUGUAGACCUGCCAUUCCGACGGUGUAAGUAGUAGUUUCUCUUCAUUUUGAAUGAUGUUCACAAUUUUGAAAAAUUACCUUUUGAUUCGUUCCCAAUCAAGGCCGAUAAUCAUACUAUGGAAACCACAAAAAGCUCCCCGUUUCACCGAUCAAGAACCAAAAUGACCGAAAAAUGUUGUAGAUUGUGUUUGUGUACGAACAAGAAUAUGAAAAAUCAAAGGGAAGGAACUAUUACACGGAGUUGUAGAAAAGAAUAAGAAAUGAC